GUCGCGUGAGGCCAAAAUCUCCGGGUACCCGACCUAAGGCGGAGGGCGAGGAGGCCUCAGACUCUUUGGAACUCUAGCCGAUUUCACAGUUCUGCAUGUCAGCCGCUGAGGAUGCCGGUAGAAGAUGAAGCGGCCGAAGAGGACCCGGAAGCAGUCUCCUCCCGAAGGAGAAGUCACAGUAGUCCUAAAUGACAGAGCUUAACCAUUUUUGUACACUAUGGAGGAUUUUGACUUGGUGGAAAAUUUACAAAAGACGUCACCUUCUGUAGAAUCUGAUAUUAAAAGCGCUCCCCACCCCCUUGGGUUGAGCUUGUGUGCUAAUAGAAGUAGUCCCCACCUUAGUACAAAUGGGGUCUCCUCUUUCUCAGGGAAGACCGGGCCACCUGUCAUUCAAGGGACAGUGGAAGUUCUCACUGCUUUAAGACAAGACCUACAGAACAGUGGCCGGACUGACUCAGAACUUUGGAAGAGUUGCGAGGCCAGGUGGUUGCAGCUCUUCAGUGUGGUUGAGCAACAUUGCCAGGAGCAGAUUGUCGCCCAGCAGGAGCAGUUCCAUAGGCAGAUCCAGCGAAUACAGGAGGAGAUCCGGAAGUUAGUGAAAUUGCGGCUCAGCAAUGCUUCCUGGCCUUCGUGCAGCAGCAGCAGCAGCUCGGUGAGCGAGCAGGUGUCUGCAGAAACCCAAAUGGGCUUCUUUUCUGAAAACAGUGAGAGAAAUGAGUCUGUUGUCAGUUACCCAGCAUCCAAGGAACCCGAGACACAGCCAGCAUCGUCCACAUCCCACCCAGACUGCAAUGCGGACAGCAGCUCAGUGAGUAGUGGCUACGGCACCUUCUGCAUCCUGGACAUGAACAAGGCUAAGGAGCCCAAUGAGCCCUUGGAGCCCGAGGCAGCUUCACAGGGGCAGCAGCCAGCCUCUGUGGUGCAGGCACAUGCCCCUGCAGGGGGCGCAGCAGCCAUAAACUUCUUCACACAGACCCCAGAAGAGCUUUGUGCCUCUCUAAAGGAAGACAUCUCCACUUUUCCUGGGGAAUUUGAACGGAAUUUUCUUGGUGAAAACAAGAUCUCUGAAGUAUACAGUGGGAAAGCAAAUAGCGGUAAGUCUGUAACAUCCUGGGCACAGAGGCUGAAGCAGAACCAGCCAAAGCAGGCUCAUACAGAGGACGACUGCUCCAGACAUAAGCCAGGGAGCAAGCUGAACCGCAAGCCUCCAGCUGAAACAUGUGACCUCGCUGCUGAUGCUGCACAUCCUUGUGCCUUUUACCUCAAUAAGCCAGCCGAAAGCCCAAGUUGGUUGUCUGAUUCAGGAACAGGGCUGACUUACUGGAAGCUGGAGGAGAAGGACAUGUAUCACUCUUUGCCUGAAACUUUGGAGAAGACAUUCGCACCAUCCCCCGCAGAGAGGCCCCUGAGCCAGGUCCUGGCUCUUGAUCCAGCAGCCAUACAAGUGAAGCCGAAGGAACAUGUUGCUGGGACCCAUCCCCACGGCUUUCUGCAUGCUCUGGACAACAGAAUAUCCUUUUCCCCAGACUCCGUUCUGGAACCAAGCCUGUCUAGUCACUCAGACACGGACUCGUUUUCACAAGCAAGUCAUAAAUCUUCCCAGGUGUCUGGGUUCCCCAAGUGUCCUUCAGCUGCGAGAGCAUCACCCGUGGACACUUGGAAAAGCCAUGCAUUCCAAAGGGAAAGUAGGGCCAGCUCCAUGAACCCUUCACGCCACACCAUCACUAGCAACGACACCGUCACUAGCAACGACACCUCAGUCAAAACUGUAGACGAAGAGAACACUGUCAAAGUGGCCUCAGUCAGUCAGUCCCAGCUUCCAGGUACAGCCACCAGUGUCCCAGAAUGCAUUUCAUUGGCUUCCCUGGAAGAUCCUGUGAUGUUGUCUAAAAUCAGGCAGAACCUCAAGGAGAAGCAUGCACGACAUGUGGCCGACCUUCGCGCUUAUUAUGAGUCGGAGAUAAGUAGUCUGAAGCAGAAACUGGAGGCCAAAGACAUUUCGGCUGUUGAAGAGUGGAAGCAGAAAAAUGAAAUUCUUGUGGACAGGUGUGGCCAGCUGGACAGUGCAUUGAAUGAAGCUACUAGCCGGGUGCGCACACUUGAGAAGAAGAAUAACUUGCUAGAAAUAGAAGUGAAUGACUUGAGAGAGCGCUUCAAUGCAGCCAGCAGUGCCUCCAAAGUUUUGCAGGAACGAAUUGAAGAAAUGAGGACAAGCAACAAAGAGAAAGAUAACACCAUCGCUCGGCUGAAGUGUCGGCUGCAGGAGCUGGAGGAAGCCUUCGAGAAUGCUUACAAGCUCUCAGACGACAAAGAAACAAGGCUGAGACAAGAAAACAAGAUGUUUCAGGAUCUCUUAGGAGAGUACGAAUCCCUCGGCAAAGAACAUGGGCGAGUAAAGGAUACAUUAAACACAACUGAGAACAAAUUGCUUGAUGCACACACUCAGAUUUCUGACUUGAAAAGGACGAUCUCUAAACUCGAAGCUCAGGUGAAGCAGGCGGAACACGAGAGUCUGCUGAGUCUUCGCAAUGUCGCCAAAGCUCCCGCGAGGCCGUCCCGGUCCAACUCCCUAGCCACCUCGGAUGUCAGCAGGAGGAAGUGGCUGAUUCCAGGAGCAGAGUACUCCAUCUUUACCGGGCAGCCUCUGGACCCCAGGGACAGGAAGAGCCAUAAGCAGCUGGAGGAAGCCUGUGUUCCUGGAUACCAUUCUCCUCCAGAAAAGGACUCUUCACUUGGAAGUUCACCAGCAAGCCUAUUGAUUAAAAAGAAGAGGGACGCUCCGGACACACCGCCAAUCAUCAAGGCUUUAAAGGAACUUGAUGAAGAAAGAGUAUUUAAAAGUUGGGGGACACAGACAGAGAAAGACGAUUCUUCGAGUCAAUUCAUGAGUCCUCGGCAAACGGAGCCUUCAGUCACUACAGGCCGUUCCCCGGAGAAAUGUGCCCAACAGAGACCAAAGAGACAAAGUUCGGCUUCACAAAGGUCGUCGUCUCUCCCACCCUCCAACCGGAAAGCCAACACUCCAACAAAAAGAGAGAUUAUGCUGACACCAGUGACCGUGGCUUAUAGUCCUAAGCGGUCCCCUAAAGAAAAUCUGUCCCCUGGAUUUAGUCAUCUCCUCAGCAAAAAUGAAAGCAGUCCAGUACGAUUUGAUAUCCUUUUGGAUGACUUAGAUACCGUUCCUGUGUCCACGUUACAGCAAACCAAUCCAAGGAAACAGCUCCAGUUUCUUCUCGAUGACUCAGAAGAAAAAAAGUAUUCAGAAAAAAGCAGUGAUGACCCUGUUAGUCCUAGCUCUUGUCCUGAACACUCACCAAGUGGACUGAGGAAAGUGUCCAUGAGACAAGCCUGGGAGAAGAAGAAGUCACUUAUCCUGGAGCCGUGUCAGCCGGGAUCAGCAACACCACAGGACAGUGGUUUUGAAUAUACAGCAAAGAUUAGGACCCUAGCUGAAACGGAGCGAUUUUUUGAUGAACUUACAAAAGAAAAAGACCAGAUUGAGGCAGCACUAAGCCGAAUGCCUUCUCCUGGAGGAAGAACCACUUUACAAACGAGACUCAAUCAGGAAGCCUUGGAAGAUCGUUUGGAAAAGAUCAAUCGUGAGCUGGGCUCAGUUCGGAUGACCCUCAAGAAGUUUCAUGUUUUGCGCAGCUCUGCAAAUCUUUGAGACUGGUAGCCAUUAAACUUGAGACAUUUUUUGUUUGCACUAAUGUAACAAUUAUGCACUCGGAAAAGGCCCGCUCUUUUCUACUGUUUAUAAGCCUUCAGACAGUAGUUUUACAAUCAUGCUAUUCUUACACCUGCUAUUUUAUACUUAAAAAUGGCCACAUAUUUUCAAGAUAUUUUUGUUAUGCUCAGGAACCUCUUGUAUAUUUUACUAUUUAAAAAGCAUUAUUUUUAAAUAGCACAUGUCUCCAAUUUCUAUCAACAAGAAGGAAAUGUAACUGGGGAGGCAGCUUGUUUGUAAAGAAAUAGUGUUAUCCUUUUACAACGAACUUUGCACACUGGGUUUAUAAACUUGUUCUACACUGUAAAUAGAAUUCAUUUUUAAAAUAAAUUCUUAGCAGCUUCCAUAAGGAUAGACUGAUAUGCUAGAUAUUUAAAACAUUAUAGUAUAGUUUGCAUUUAGGUUCUGUAGAAGUUUUUAAGAAAUGAUAACACAAUUCCUAUGUGAAACACAUGCCUUGAAUAGUAGAAUAAUUGGGCCGGCAAGAAGGCUCAGCAGGUAAAAGCGCUUGCCGCCAAGCCUGAAGACCCGUUUAAAGUCCAGGACCCACGUGUUAGAAAGAGAGAAACAGCUCCCACAGGCUGUCCUCUGACCUCUGCACACACCGUGGCGCGUUCACAUCCCUUCCCACCCCAGUAAGUCAAUGGUUUAAAAAAAAAGUAGUCCUUGAGUGCCGGAGAGUUUAAAACUGCAUAGAUAUAACUUAUUUCUCUACAAUAAUUUUGUUUGUGAGGAAAGAAAACGAUUAGAGCUGGAAGCAGCAGGCGGAGAGCUGGGUUUCCUGCCCGAGCGUCGUUCAUGCUUUACAUUGUGGCCUACCUUGGACUGUUCCCAGGGUGGCUCCAGUUUCCAUUAAGCAUAAAGCUUUAGCUCCCAAAGUUAUCAUCGGAACAAUUUCACCCUCUUAACCUCCACCCUUGCCAAAGAGAAAAGCACUUCCACAGUAGCGCUGUAAGAACCAUUGGUCUGCGCUCAGAGCACUCGACCCUGCUUGAUAAUGGACAGAGGAUGUGUGUUCCCCAGGGCCCUGCAGCAGACUGUAGCUCGUCACCUGGGUGGCAUUCCCUAACUCUCUGUAAGAGCGCUGUGUGGGCAGGAGAAGCAGUUCCCAACUAGGAGCAGCAAGUAUCCUGUCUGUGUUGGGACCGUUGGUGAUGUCUGGGCUGCUCACCCACUCCCUUUCUGGUGGCCAGUGCGAACCCAGCACCCACGUAUUUGUGCUCUGAGUCUGCAGACACUCGUCUGAGCUCUCGCCAUUGGUUGCCAGGGCCAGGGCUCAGGCUUUUGAGUUUGGUUUGCCCCUGGGUUCUUUCUCCACAAUGAGAAACUACUGAGAACGACCCAAGGCAUCCAGGCAGCUCCAUUUCAGUGUAUGAGUCUCAGCAGGUUCAGGUGGUCUCCGAGCGUUUUCUCGCCAAAGCUUCACCUAUGCCCUGUUCAACUUGGGGCUCUCAGGCAUGAGGGGACCCUUGGGAUAGUCCCUAAUCUUUGAGCUCCUCUUCAGUAACCAGUGAAGAGUUACUUAAUCAGGAUUUCCUAUCAUUAGAAGCAAGUGCCUUUAUUCUUGAUUUUUUUUUCAGCCUUUUAAAAAUUAUGUUACAGUUUAAAAAAAAAAAAAAGAUUCAUUUUAAGCAAGCUCUUGUAUAGUUGUGAUGAGUGCUUAUAAAGGGAUAGUCUAUUUUUUAAUAUGUCCCUCCAUGUGACAUGCAGAACUGAGGGGCUGAGAGUACUGCCCACGUGGUGGUAGAGUGGUGGCCGCGUGUGUGAGGGCACGUGUGCUGGCACCAACAAACAUGACUGCCCGAACAAGCUAACAGUGCUCUCGUGUGUCUCAUCGUUCCCUCCUCUCAUUGUAUAUAGUCAAUUGUAUCCUGAAGAAGAAGAAGAAGAAAUUGCCACUAGCUUUAUCUUGCCAAGGAGUUAUCUUCUUGGGUGCCUAUAAUUGGCUGAUUCCAAAAAAGGUAUUAAGCGCCAUGAAAACAUCUUCUGCGCUUCUCAGAAAGCAUAUGCUUUGGUUUUUGAAGUGUGUAAUAGAUGUAAACUAUCAAUUACUUAUUUGAAAAAGAAAUUUCAUUCUUCUCUUCCUCACAGCUAUAAAGAAAGACACCAAGGGGCGUGCUUGCAGCUGCCUCUGCCCUGAGUAAUGCGUAUCUCAUGAACACUCAGCUAAAAAGCGGCUCAGCCUAAAAGCGGGCAGGGUAGCAGUCUUAAAGAGCAUCUGUUACCCAAGAGAGGCAAACUGUUUUCUGUGCUGGGAUGGAUUAAAAAACAACAACAAUCCCAGUGAGCCUGCAGCUUCUGGGAAGUGCCUUUUACCGUGUACAUAGAAAGUAACCUCUCCAGCUGCGGAGCUGUGUCUCUCUCUUCUCCCAAAGCCCGUCUGCGGGAGCUCUGAGGGGUGGCUCCAGGAGAAGCAUUAUCUGGAACUAACGCCCUGCUGGUGGAGGCCGAGAAGGGAGGUUUGGGGCCGGCCACACCCUGGCCCAGGCCCGCUUUCCUUAGUGUAGAGACCAAAGGAGAGGAGAAUCCUUUCAGUGCAGAUCGGCCAGUGUGAAGUGAGUGUGCACCGAACCACGGUUCAGAUGAACCAGUUCCUGCCAUGUUGAAUUAGUGAUUUCUUUUUUUAGAAAUGGUUUAUUUAUGUUUAUGUGCAUUGGUGU